AUGUACCCAGGCUACGACGGCCCGCGGCCGCGGAUGCAGAUCUGGCACGGCAGCGCGGACAGCACACUGGCGCCCGCAAACUACCAGAAGACGAUCAAGCAUGUAGACGGACGGACGUGUUCAAGGUGCUCGCAGACGCCGACCACGUCAAGGAAAAACCACCCGCAGCACAUCUGCCAGACCGACGACUACAGCGACAACGUCAUGUCAUCUACACCACCGGCGUGGGCCACAGCGUCCCGGCCAACCUGA